CCUCGCCCGCCCCACUCUCUCCACCCCAAUCAGGUCCGGGAGGGGUCCGCCAGCAGCUGGGAUGGCUGCCUGGGAGCAAGAAGAGGACGGGGAGCUGGUGUUUGUGUUUGGUGGGGGGAGAGGCUAAAAAUACGCACCGGCAGGAGGAGCAAAGUCCCCGGCAGGGGAGCGCAGUCGUGGCGGGGAGGCGGGGGCGCUGGCCAGCCUGAGCGAGCGGGGCAGCCCUCCAAGCCCAGGCACAGCAGGGGGGGCCGGGAGGCUAUGGGCUGGCGGGGGGCGGGAGGAGGAGGGCCAUCAGCUGGGCCGGGCUGAUAGCCUAUCUCCCGGGUAAAAGGGAGCAGGCCGCCUCCUCGCCUCCUCCUCCUCCGCGCCAGCCGCUGUCAGAUGAUGGGCAGCAUCGCCAGGGAGCCCGCCGACGGAGCCAUGGAGCCCCGCGCCGAGCUGAGCGCCCCCGAGACGCGCGCCCCCGUCAAGCGGGACUACCAUCACCGGAUCUUUGUGAACCGGAGUCUGGCGCUGGAAAAGAUAAAAUGUUUCGGCUUUGACAUGGACUACACUCUCGCAAUGUACAAAUCUCCGGACUACGAGGAGCUGGCUUUUGAGCUGCUGCUGGAGCGCCUGGUGUCCAUUGGCUACCCCCACGAGAUCCUGGAGUAUAGAUAUGACCCCACUUUUCCCACCAGGGGCCUCGUAUUUGACGCCAUGUACGGGAAUUUGCUGAAGGUGGACUCCCACGGGAACCUGCUGGUCUGUGCCCACGGCUUCCGCUUUCUCAAAGGGGCUGAGAUCUGGAAUUAUUAUCCCAACAAGUUCAUUCAGAGGGAUGACAUGAAGAGGUUCCACAUCCUGAACACGUUAUUCAACUUGACAGAGACCUACCUGUUUGCCUGCCUGGUGGAUUUUUUCACCAACUGCUCCAGAUACGUGAACUGUGACACAGGCUAUAAACACGGGAACCUCUUCAUGUCCUUCCGAAGCAUGUUCCAAGAUGUCCGAGACGCCAUGGACUAUGUCCACCUUUCAGGCUCCCUCAAGGAGAAGACGCUGGAGAAUCUGGAGAAAUAUGUGGUCAAAGACCCACGGGUGCCUCUCCUUCUCAGCCGCAUAAAGGACCACGGGAAGGUCUUUUUGGCCACCAACAGCGACUACAACUACACAGAUGCGAUCAUGACGUACUUGUUUGACUUCGGAGAAGACGACGUGGAAGCACCCCAGAGCCGGCCUUGGCGCUCCUACUUUGACCUGAUUGUGGUGGACACUCGCAAGCCUCUGUUCUUCGCGGAGGGCACUGUCCUUCGGCAAGUCAACACGGACACAGGGAAGCUACGGAUCGGUACCUACACAGGACCCCUUCAACACUGCGCUGUCUACUCGGGAGGCUCUUCAGACCUGGUGUGUGACCUUUUGGGAGUGAAGGGCAAGGACAUCUUGUACAUUGGAGACCACAUAUUUGGGGACAUUCUCAAAUCCAAGAAGAGGCAGGGAUGGAGGACCUUCCUGGUGGUACCCGAGUUGGCCAAGGAGCUGCAAGUCUGGACAGAGAAAAGCGAACUUUUUGAAGAGCUGCGGAGCCUGGACAUCUUCUUGGCUGAGCUGUACCAGCACCUGGACAGUGGGAGCAACGAACGGCCGGACAUCAGCUCCAUCAAGAAGCGGAUUCAGAAAGUCACCCACGAGAUGGACAUGUGCUACGGGAAGAUGGGGAGCCUCUUCCGCUGUGGGUCCCGCCAGACCCUCUUUGCCAACCAGCUGAUGCGCUACGCAGACCUUUAUGCCGCCUCCUUCAUCAACUUCCUCUAUUACCCUUUCAGCUACCUUUUCCGGGCACCCCCCACCCUGAUGCCCCAUGAAUCCACUGUGGAGCACACCCGGUUGGAGUUCAGCGAGACGGGUCUCCUGGCAGGGCAUGUGAUGCCCCAACACAGGCCGCUGCAGAAGCUGCACAGCGCUUCCCAGGAAGACACCGACGAUGAGCACGACUGAGCCAGACCCCAACAGAGGAUGCGGAAGGAAAAUCUUGAGUGGAAUGAACACCUUAAGCUGCUAAGGGAGGGGUGGGGGGAGGAGAGGUCCGCCCCAGGCCCUUCCCUGUGACACUCCCUAUUCCAAAGAGAGGCAAAGGGCCCCACGGCUGCUUUCCAAAGUGGGAGCUUUCUGGAGAGCAGCCCCAGCUGAGCCCCUUAUGGCUGCUGGCUUCAACCACCUCCCCAAAGGGCUUUUGAGAUCCCUUCCUACUCCCAAGCGCGGCUGCGGUUGUGGGGCCAAGGAUUUAAGGGAGAAAUCCAGCGUGACCCUCUGCCGCUGUGCUGGAGGGAAGCCCCUUCCCUCAAGGCUCCAACCACUAGGCCGUCCUGCUCUUCCAAAGACUCAAGAAGUCCUGGGAAGAAAUCGGGAGAUGCUUACGGCAAAGGAGAGGCUCUCUGGUGGCGCUGGAGAAAACCCAAGCCCCUCUUCUGCCUGGGCACUGAGGGAGGUCAAUGCAGUUGCCACAAAUGUAGGGGGCUGUGGCUCUGUGCUUUGACAGGAACAGCUGUGGCCUCGUCGCUGAGCACUGGCAACCCAGACAAGGCCCUCAGCUGUCCCUCGAGCACAAGGACCUCCUGAAGGAAGAGAAUGUCCGAGGGAGAAGAGGGGCAGCAUUUGGGGGCAUGGUGGCCGCCCACUGAGGAUGGCUUGCAACGGAGCAGA